AUGGGUCGUAAGAAACAGUUCAUUAACAAGAAAACGGCGCAGCACUUUCACGUGGUGCACCGCAGCCAACGAGACCCCAAGGCGAACGACCCCGAGGCGUCCAAGUACGUGCUCCUUUCGUCCAAUCAGAACGUGGAGCUGCACUCGUCGGGCUCUGAAAACGGGUCUGAUACUGACGACUCGAUUCCUAAUAAGGAGGAAGACGAAAGUGAUGACGAGAUGCCGGACCUUGUGGAGGUUGCGUCAAUAGCCCCGGCUGUGAAGGCCAGAGGAGCUUUUCCCGUUCGUCGCGUGCGCUUUGGUGGUGUGGAAGCUGAAGAUCUUGUGGAUGAGAACGGAUUGCCGAGAGAUGGGUACGACUAUUCGCAGCAUAUGAAGGAGAUGGGACAGGGCAAGUUUUACUCGGCGACGAGUCGGUUUGACGCUGGUGAAGCGGCUCGAGCGCUGUCGAGGAAAGUCGAGUUGCCAUUGGAUGCGCUCCCGAGCGCUGACGAGCAGGAUCGGCUGUUGCAAGCCAUUACGUUGACGACGGAUGUCAUGGAUGACGAUUUGAGAGAGGCGCUGGUGAAUGAUGAGGCGUUCGAGGAGCUGGACGAUUCGUUUAUGAUGCAGGCUGCGGAAGAGAAUGUCGAGCCGAGUGAGGCUGACGACUUUGACUAUGACGCACACAUUGCCAAGCUGAUGGAGGCUGCCAGUGGCAUCACGCCGUUGUAUCGUGGCAACUUGACAGACAGUGAAGGAUCCGUUAGUGAGGAUGAUGAGGAGCGUAGUGACGGUGAAGGUUAUGAUGAUGACGAAGACGAAGCUGAGACGUCGAAAACGCGUGACGAAGCACAGCGAGUGCUGGACGAACUUUUUGAAAAGACGCUGGCGGAUGAGUACGACGAUGAGCAGCUUGGUGAGCUGGACGAGGACGACCCUGAGACGCGCGGAAAGGAGACGCUCGACGGUGAGCUUCUCGACGCUGUGGUGGAGGACUAUGUUUUUGUGCAGCAAGAACUUGCUGACGCAGAGGGCAAGCUAGGCAAUCCGCUGCGUGAAGGCAAUCAUCUGAAGCAAGUACUGGAGACGUGCGAGGCCGAGCGUUAUGCAUACGAGUAUGAUGAAGGCGCCGAGACAGAGAAGGAAGAGGAACCUGAAGACCAGGCGGCGCGCACUGAGCGUGAAAAGAAGGAGCUGCAGGAGCUCUACGAGCGCAACCAGUAUUUGCAGCGUGAAGAGCAUGAGACGUGGGACUGUGAGACCAUCGUGAGUACGUACUCGACGCUGAGCAACCAUCCGACGGUUCUGCGAGAGACUACGACUCGGCGCAAAAAGAAGAAACAGCCGGUGCUUAGCAGUACUGCAGAGGGUGGAGACACUCGUAAGCAGAAGGUGACAUUGUCACGCAAGACAGGUAUGCCGCUGGGUGUUUUCGAGGCUGCGAACUCACUGAACAAGGCGGAGACAAGUAAGCAGCAGACACCGCAACAAGAGAGUAGCCGGAGGCCAAAGGGUGAGACCAAAGAGCAGAAGCGCAUACGCAAGGCCGCUGUCAAGAUGGAGAAAAUGACUCGGCGUGCUGAGAAGAAGGAUACCAAGUUGGCAUUCAAGGAGGAGGAAGCGCGGCAGUCGACACAGACAGUGGCAGGUCGGGUGUCCGUCUUCAGGUACUGA